UGAUCUCGAGAACGAUCCCUGGUAUCGCUACCGGAAAGCAUUUCGGGCGCCAGAGGGUCACCGUGCCAGUGCUACCGCUGCUGUCGUCCAGAGCGAGCACUGAGUGUGUGACAGUGAGCUUCUCGCUGGGAGCUUCCGGGUGCUGCAGCUGGUGGCGGCCGAUGCCCCCGGGGUGUAGCCAGAGGUCUGACGCAUGCGCAGUGCUGUCUGUCGUCACCGGCAGAGCGGAGAGAGAGAGAGCGAGCAGCGCUCAGGGAGGAACAGCAGCUGUGGGAGCCGGAGCCUGGGGAGAGAGAGCGUCUGGCCGCCUCAUCAUCAUCAUCAUUAUUAUCAUUAUCAGUCAGCGAGCACACCGCCUCCCCGGGGACCGCACACACACCGCCCCCGGCAGCCUACCCAGCCUGACAGUGCCACCCGGCCGGCGUGCUCACAGUGUGCUCGGUGUGUCUCUGGCAGAGCGGACACCAUGGGAUGUACGCUGAGCGCCGAGGACAAGGCGGCGGUGGAGAGGAGUAAAAUGAUCGACAGGAACCUGCGGGAAGAUGGGGAGAAAGCUGCCAGGGAGGUCAAACUGCUACUACUGGGAGCUGGAGAAUCUGGAAAAAGCACAAUUGUGAAACAGAUGAAAAUCAUCCAUGAAGCCGGCUACUCAGAAGAAGAAUGUAAACAAUACAAGGCUGUUGUGUACAGCAACACUAUACAAUCCAUUAUCGCCAUCAUUAGGGCAAUGGGCAGAUUAAAGAUAGAUUUUGGGGAUCCCACAAGAGCUGAUGAUGCACGACAACUUUUUGUAUUGGCUGGGGCAGCAGAGGAAGGCUUCAUGACUGCAGAGCUUGCUGGAGUCAUCAAACGUUUAUGGAAAGAUGGUGGAGUGCAGGCCUGUUUUAACAGAUCAAGGGAAUACCAGCUCAAUGACUCUGCUGCGUAUUAUCUUAAUGACUUGGACAGGAUAGCUCAAAACAGUUACAUACCUACUCAACAAGAUGUGCUUCGGACUAGAGUGAAAACUACUGGGAUAGUUGAAACACAUUUUACCUUCAAAGAUCUCCAUUUCAAGAUGUUUGAUGUUGGUGGACAAAGAUCAGAAAGGAAAAAAUGGAUUCACUGCUUUGAAGGAGUAACCGCAAUAAUAUUCUGUGUGGCUUUGAGUGACUAUGAUUUAGUGCUAGCUGAAGAUGAGGAAAUGAACCGAAUGCAUGAAAGUAUGAAACUCUUUGACAGCAUCUGCAAUAACAAGUGGUUUACAGACACCUCAAUUAUCCUUUUCUUAAACAAAAAGGACCUGUUUGAGGAAAAAAUCAAGAGGAGUCCUUUGACAAUUUGCUAUCCAGAAUAUGCAGGUUCAAACACUUAUGAAGAGGCUGCUGCAUACAUCCAGUGUCAGUUUGAAGAUCUCAACAAAAGGAAGGACACAAAAGAAAUAUACACACAUUUCACGUGUGCUACAGAUACCAAGAAUGUGCAGUUUGUAUUUGAUGCAGUGACUGAUGUCAUUAUCAAAAAUAAUCUCAAGGACUGUGGCCUUUUCUAAGACAUGGCAUUUUAUGAUAACAUUUGACUUCACCCUGUUAUAGCUUGAUGGCUUUCGGAGUGACUUAAGGCUCUUGACAAACAGCGGACCAGCACUGUACUUGCCAGUUUUAUUAGCUUUAUUUAUGUUCAUGUCUUGUAAAUUUUCAAAAGUAACUGCUACAAGGCCACACUAUGGAAAAGGUAUCUUGAUUGUAUGUAUACUGUAAUUGUAGGAAUGUUUGUACAGACAUUGAACAGAAUAUUUUAUUAAUUUGAGAAUUUGUUCUAAAAAAAAAUCUUUUUCUGAUAUGCUUUUAGGGAACAUUUUAUUUUCUCACCUGUUAUUUAAAGAAAUAAUGUACAUUUUAGAUCGUUCCUUUGAAGCAUGCAUGCUGCCUUAUUCUGUGUUCUGCUUUCCUCUACUGCAAGCCUGUAAGAUAAAGAUAAAGAAGCCUAUUGAAAUCUGGACACAUCUUAUAGGUGCACAAAAUUGGGGCAUGUAACAAAGAAUGAUCCCGCUGGCCUGAGCCAUCACUGUGCAUUUUUAUUAUGUAAUAGUUAUCCUGUGCAUUGCCUUACAGGUAGUGCCAAAAUUGCAUUUUUUUAUACAUUUUAAAAUCAAGUAAUCUUUUAUUUGUAAAUAGAUUUUUCCAGGUGUUCAUCCAGAACAUUUUUUUUGUGGGCUAUGAAAUGCAAAACUGACAUUUUUGAGAUUGAUUACCUUAUUCGUGUUAGAGCAGUCUUGUACUUGGCAUGCUGAACAUGACAGCACUUUGUAUAGAUGACUCAGUCUGGCUUUAAUUAAAUUCCACUUAUGUGAAACAUUUUAGUACACCUCAGCCUUCCCAUUCAAUAUACACAGCCAGAUAAAACUUCCUGAGUUCACGUUUUAAUUUGUGGCUUUGUGAUGCUGUCUGUGUAAUUGCUCUACUGUCACUCUUGUCUUACAAUUCAAUCAUUCCUAAUUUCCUGCAAAAUUGUCCUGUGUAUUUCGAUAUUGCUCCCUCCAGAAAUGAAAAAGCUUCUUACCACUGUUGGAGCAGUCUCUAAAUGGGUACAGUUAAAAAAAUAAAAAAUAAAUAAAAAAAUAAUUGGUGAACAUUCUAAUAUCCUCACUGGAAAACUUUUCUCUCAAACACCUCUAUAUAUGUAUUUUUUUUUACGUUUUUGUAUUUUUAUUUUAUUCCCGAUUCUCGUGGUUUGGCAGUUAGCUUCUUCACUGUUACAUGAAAGAUGUUACUUCACAAUAUUAACUUUGUGUCAUGAGUAAUUUUGUGUUGUCAAAAACCUGUAUAAAUUAAUUGUUCUUGUAUCUUCAUGAAAGGUUUUGUACUUCACUGUAAGGAAUUAAUUCAUGGUGAUUUGAUAAUUACUGAGGUUACCACUGUCAAUGCUUUGUGCCUUCGAUUAUCGUUGUUAGGUUUGUUUGUUUUUCUGUUUUUGUUUUUCUUUGAUUAAAGUAUUUGGUAGCUAACCUGCUGCAAACUAAUUGUAAAAAUAUGCUGAGGAAAUGGAAAUUAAAUUGUCCACUUCACAAUGUAAAAUAGAGCACACUGUUUGAUGAACAUUACAGAUGAGUUCCUUGACUUUUUUUCCCCUGUAAAACUAUCUUGCUAACAAAUCCUAAUAAAACUUGCAAUUUUUCAGAUUUUAAA